AAUCGGACAAACCGUACAGCAAAAAGAAGCGCGCUUCGAAAACUGCGUUCGCGCCAUCACACUCUCAUCAAAAAUCACGGUUGAGUAAGCCCUCUUCUAAGCUUCUUCUUUCAUCAGCCGUAGCAAACGGCGGAAAUCGAACUGAAAAUUGAAACUCGGUGACAAUGGCGGAGGUAAUUUCGUUGAUGGGCGUCGACGAAGACGACAAUCACCAGAAACAAAACCACUCUCAGAAGUUAAGCAAAGGCAAAAGCGUCGUCACAGCUACCGAUUCCAAAGCUACUCCCUGGGUCGAAAAGUACCGCCCUCAGUCCCUUGCGGACGUCGCCGCUCACCGCGACAUCGUCGACACCAUUGAUAGGCUAACGAGCGAGAACAGAUUGCCGCAUCUUCUGUUGUAUGGUCCUCCCGGAACAGGCAAAACAUCCACCAUUCUGGCCGUGGCACGAAAGCUUUACGGAGCACAGUAUCAUAAUAUGAUUCUGGAGUUGAAUGCUUCCGAUGAUAGAGGAAUUGAUGUUGUUAGGCAACAGAUUCAAGAUUUUGCUAGCACUCAAAGCUUCUCAUUUGGGGCGAAGUUGUCAGUAAAGUUGAUUUUACUUGAUGAAGCAGAUGCUAUGACAAAGGAUGCACAAUUUGCCCUGCGUAGAGUUAUUGAGAAAUACACAAAGAAUACUAGGUUUGCACUGAUCUGCAAUCAUGUGAACAAGAUCAUUCCAGCACUACAGUCCAGAUGUACUCGGUUUCGAUUUGCACCUCUUGAUCCUAUUCAUGUCACUGAACGACUUAAACAUGUUAUAGAGGCUGAAGGGCUUGAUGUAUCUGACAGUGGCUUAGCGGCACUUGUACGGCUUAGCAAUGGUGACAUGAGAAAGGCUUUAAACAUUUUGCAGUCAACACACAUGGCUUCUCGGCAGAUUACAGAAGAAGCCGUGUAUCUCUGUACCGGAAAUCCAUUACCUAAGGACAUUGAGCAAAUAUCUUACUGGCUUCUGAAUGAAUCGUUUGCAGAGAGUUUCACACGAAUAUCUGAAAUCAAGACAAGGAAAGGAUUGGCCUUGAUCGAUAUUGUAAGGGAGGUGACAAUGUUUGUUUUUAAGAUUAAAAUGCCCUCGGAUGUUCGAGUUCAGCUAAUUAAUGACUUGGCUGACAUAGAGUAUCGUUUGAGUUUUGGGUGCAAUGAUAAAUUGCAGCUUGGAUCACUCAUUGCUACUUUCACACGAGCUAGAUCUGCACUAGUUGCUGCGGCAAAGUAGCUGAUUGUUAGGCUUGGGCUUGUUGCUUCUGCCUGUGGGAUCGCAACAAGUUAUUUUUGUAUGAUUUUGGCCUGACAAGUACCAAGUGUUUGCUUAUGUAAUCUGUGAGUCGUGAACACCUAAAGAAAGUAAUUUUGAGGCCCAAAAGAUAGUUGUUAACAGUUAGAGCUAACCUCCUUGUAUUUAAUGUAGUGAUUUUAUUUUUGUUGGAACAGGGUAC